GCACUUGGCUGUCAUUCCAUUCAGAAAGCUGAAUUCAGCCCAGCUGCUCAACCCUCUUUUUCCCACAGCCGGCAGAUCGAUUCUGGCUGAGCAACCACCAGGUGGGAGGUGGAGGGGGGGGCGCGGUCAUGCCUCUGUCAACCAGCUUCCUCCCCAGACGCAGAAAGUCACUUUCCACCUGCGGCAUCAGGAUUUAGAAGGAGGUGGGGUGUUUUUCUUUUUUGAAACCGGCCAGGUUGAAAAAGGACACCUGAGGACGCAUUUCAAAUGGACGGAAACAUGCUGGCCAUCCAGAAGAGAAACCGGGUGAAGGAAGAAAGGUCGAGCAUUCACGGCGCGCCAAGCAGGGAGAGCCGGUCCUAGAUGGAUCUGCAUCUUUCAAACCGCGAGCAGGCCUUCGAGCGAGGCGAAACGCACGCCUGCCCAAAACCGCCUCUAUGGCUAUUCCAAAGUUCCUUAGCGACGCGGCAUGAAUCCGCGGGGCCCUCGUCGUACUGAGGACUUCCCAUGUUCCAAGUUCCGAAUAUUCUAACUGAUUCGGCCUCCGGAGGCUACCGUCAUGAUCUCCGCGGACCUCUUUGCAACCACGGCCCAGCUGAAUACCCUGGCGCAGAAGUCGUUUACGUACUUCACGGAGAAUCACACCACGGGAAUUUACGUGGGAACCGCCUCUCCGGCGCUGUGUAACGGCACCUACUUCGAACUCAACGGAUCCCGUUUUUGCAACGAGACCCGGGCCCUCAGCCUGGUGGACAGAUCUGAGCAUCAGCAGUACGUGAUCGGCCUCUUCUUAUCGUGCCUCUACACGAUAUUCCUCUUCCCCAUCGGCUUCGUGGGGAACAUCCUCAUCCUGGUGGUCAACAUCAGCUUCCGCGAGAAGAUGACCAUCCCCGACCUCUACUUCAUCAACCUGGCGGCGGCCGACCUGAUCCUGGUGGUGGACUCCCUCAUUGAGGUGUUUAACCUCGACGAGAAGUACUACGACAUCACCGCCAUCUGCACCUUCAUGUCCCUCUUCCUGCAGAUCAACAUGUACAGCAGCAUCUUCUUCCUCACCUGGAUGAGCUUCGACAGGUACAUGGCCCUGGCCAAGGUCAUGAAGUCCAACCUCUUCCGCACCAUGGAGCACGCCAGGCUCAGCUGCGGCCUCAUCUGGCUGGGCUCCAUUUCGGCCGCCCUGGUGCCCUUCACGGCCGUCCACUGGCAGCACUCGGGGGAGGUACACUUCUGCUUCGCCGACGUGGCGGAAAUCCAGUGGUUGGAGAUCACGGUCGGGUUUAUCAUCCCCUUCGCCAUCAUCGGCCUCUGCUACUCCUUGAUCGCCCGCGUGCUGAUCAGCGCCCACAAGCACCGGAGUUUGCGCCUCCGCCGGCAGAAAGCGCUGCGCAUGAUUUUCGUGGUGGUCCUGGUUUUCUUCAUCUGCUGGCUGCCGGAGAACGUGUUCAUCAGUGUGCAGCUUCUCCAGAAGACGGAAGAGUCCGCGUCCAGAGGCCGCUCUUUCAGGCACAACUACCCCUUAACGGGGCACAUAGUCAAUCUGGCCGCCUUCUCCAACAGCUGUUUGAACCCGCUCAUCUACAGCUUCCUGGGGGAGACUUUCAGGGACAAACUGAAGCUGUACAUUGAUCAAAAGACCAAGGUCUCCAUGUUGAACCGCCUGUGCCACGCGACGCUGAAAUCGGUCAUUUCGGACAGUACCGAACAGUCGGAGGUUUAGCUUAGCCACGAACAGACUCUGCUCACUCCUGCUUCUUACUAACAGGGAGAGCGCGGGUGUUUGUCCCAUUCACCAUGUUUUUAUACGAACAUGUAAAAUGCAACACGCUACUAGGGAUGCUUUAAUUACGGAGAAGAAUAACCGCUUCACCCUGAAGGUCAGUUGUAUUUAUACAGGCGAGGAAUCCGACAAUUAACUUAUGGAAAAAUGUAACUAUAACACGAUUCUUGAAUAUUGUUACCUGCCUGAUCUAUGUUAGGUGCCCUAGGCCUAGGAAAUAUAAUAAAACUUCAGCAACACUGGGAGAAAAUCCAAUAGAAGCUAUUGGUGUUAGGAGGCAGAGAAGUCGGUGGUUUUCCCCUUGUAUAUUCAUCAUCCUGCAAACUCAGUUAAGGAAACAGCUACUAUGCUCAACCCACGAUUCGUUCUCAGGCAGAUGCAUUCUGUGGCAUAAACUGGAUUGAGGGAAACAGAAGCCAUCUGGGUUGAGAGUGGGGGUCCUCCUCCUGCUGUCACUCUUAAAACGGGUCAGCCAAUGUCUUUUCCCAUUCCCUGUGCUCCUUCUGGGUGUGAAUCCGUUUGUAAGCUAAGCAAAGCUAUAUAAAACACAUAGAACAACAGAUUUGGAAUGGGGCCUGGGAGGUCUUCUAGUCCAGCUCCCAGCCUGAACCAUUUCAGACAAGUG